AUGGUGAACCAUAUUCAUGUUGCAUACAGGAAUAUUGUUAAUAAUGAUAUUGUCAUGCUGCAACAUAGAGUACCUGGGCAUUGGAAUUCUAUUUGGAAUCUUAAACUCCCACCAAAGGUUAAGAACUUCAUAUGGCGGGUUUGUAGAAAUUGUCUUCCAACUCGGAUGCGUCUCAUUACAAAAGGGGUGAACUGUCCUACCUCCUGUGCUAUCUGCGAUAUUUGCGAUGAAGAUGCUAAACAUCUGUUCUUCGAGUGCUGCAAGAGUGUUGUGUGCUGGCAACAGGUUGGUCUUUGGCAUACAAUCCAACAGGUACGGUUACCCACAUCUUCCUGCGCUGACAUGAUUUUUACUUUGCUCAAGCAUCUUGAUAUUCCCCAACAACAGUUUUGGAAGAAUGCUCAAGACGUGAGGAAUCGGAACACCAACAGAAACACACAUGGUGUGAUUGACACUUGGGAAAAACCGAGUCCAGGGAGGUUCAAGUGUAAUGUUGACGCAUCCUUUUCCACUACCCUCAACAAAGUUGGAUUUGGAGCUUGUAUUCGUGAUGCCGAAGGAAAUUUUGUGAUAGCAAGAACUGCUUGGACUACCCCUCUACUUGAUGUCGAUAUGGGGGAGGCUAUGGGUCUUUUAGCUGCAUUGAAGUGGGUAAAAGAGUUAAACAUGGUGCAUAUGGACUUCGAAACAGACUCAAAAGUUGUGGCUGAUAGCAUAUAUGGCAAGGAGGGUGUCUCUGAUUUCAUGGCAAUAAUCAAUGAUUGUAGACACUUGUUGAGUACCGAUUUAGUGAACUCUGAUGUGAAGUUCAUUAGGAGACAAGUCAAUGGUGUUGCUCAUAGUUUAGCUAAGGAAGCACUACACCACGCUAGUCUCCACAUUCAUCUUAACAUUCCACAUUGUAUUUCUUCUUUGAUCAAUAAUGAAAAGCUAUAA